GAUGCGAAGCUUGAUAAGAACCGCCGUGAGCGGGUCCCCCUGUACAUGGACGGGGAGUCGGUCAAGGGCGCGGUGACAGUCCGACCAAAGGAUGGCAAACGAUUGGAACAUACGGGAAUCAAAGUGCAAUUUAUUGGAACAAUUGAGAUGUUCUACGAUCGAGGCAACCACUACGAAUUCCUAUCGCUUGUUCAAGAGCUUGCUGCUCCAGGCGAGCUUCUUCACCCACAGUCCUUCCCUUUCAACUUCAAAAAUGUCGAGAAGCAAUACGAAUCCUACAAUGGCAUCAAUGUGAAACUACGUUACUUCGUGCGCGUGACCGUCUCACGGCGCAUGGCUGACGUCGUUCGCGAGAAAGACCUCUGGGUAUACUCGUACCGCAUGCCGCCAGAGACUAAUAGCCCGAUCAAGAUGGAUGUCGGAAUUGAGGAUUGUCUUCACAUUGAGUUCGAAUACUCCAAAUCCAAGUACCAUCUCAAGGACGUGAUUGUUGGGCGCAUCUAUUUCUUGCUUGUGCGGCUCAAGAUCAAGCAUAUGGAAUUGUCCAUCAUCCGUCGAGAGACAACUGGCUCUCCCCCCAAUCAGUACAAUGAAAGCGAAACGUUGGUCCGUUUUGAGAUCAUGGAUGGCUCACCUUCAAGAGGUGAAACGAUUCCCAUCCGUCUAUUCCUUGGCGGAUUCGAUCUAACUCCGACAUUCCGCGACGUUAACAAGAAGUACUCAACAAGAUACUACCUCAGCCUGGUGCUGAUUGACGAAGAUGCUCGCCGUUACUUCAAGCAAUCCGAGAUCGCCCUCUACCGACAGGCACCCAAAAUUGCCGCAACGCCACAGAUCGCGCAGCAGCAACAAAUCCAACAGCAAGUCCUCCUCCAGCAAAACCAGCAAGCUCUUCCUCCCGGCUCUGCGAGUAUCGGUCCAAGACGUGAGGACAAGUCUCCAUCAGCAACGGCAAAGGAGUACCCCGUGCAGCAAGCCGAUAACGGUAUGAAUUGA